AUGGAAAAUUGGGUUUUAGUUAAAAAUAAAUAUAAAUUGAAAAAAAAUAAAAACAAAAAAAUAGAAGAAUUAUAUAUUAAUAAAGAAGAAGAAAAAUAUUUGACUUAUAAUACAGAAAAUUAUAAAGAAAAUUUAGAUAGUGAUAAAAAACAUAUAGAAAGAAUCUAUAAUGAAAUAAAAAAAGUAAUAUCAUCUUUAGAGAAAAGUAUUUUUUUUAUAAAUUUUCAAAAAAAGUUUAAUGAGAUAAAUAGAAAUAAUAUUAACAUUGGAGUAAUUUGUUUAGGUUUAGGAUCUUUAACUGAUAUAAACUCCAAUAAUAAAAAAUCAUGUUUUUAUCAAUUGAGUUUUAUAUUAUUAUUAAAAAAAAUAUAUAAAAUUGAUAACAUAUAUAUAUAUGAUCCUAAAAUUACAAAAAUAGAUAAAAAUAUUUAUAAUAAAUUUAACAUAGAAAUAUUAACUUGUCUUCAAAAGAAUUAUAUAAAACAUCAAAAUACAGAAGAAGAAGAAGAUAAAAAUAAUAAUUUUAAAGAAAAAAAUAAUUAUGAUAAAAAUAUUAAGACAAUCAGAAUUACAAAUCAAAAUGAAAAAAUUUUAUUAUUUAUGCCACAUUGUGAUAUAAAUUUAUAUGGAGAAAUUUUAUAUUAUAUUUUUAUGUAUGAAAAAUUAAUUUACCAAAAUGCUCAUUUUUUUAUUCAUUUAGAAAAUAUUAUUUUUCUUGGUAACAGUUUUGAUUAUUAUAAAGAUCACAUUUAUUUGUAUAAACCUUUAGGAUUACCUUCUUGUAUUCUUCAAAUGCUAUGUGAAUAUGAAAAACAUUUAAAUAUUAAAAUAAAUCAAAUAAUUGUAAAUAAAUUAAAAAAUCAUUUUAAAGAAGCUCAUUUUAUAUUUUAUAUUCUCAACUAUUCAAAAGAAAUUAAAUUCCCAAUAUUUUAUGAAUUUAUAUCUGCUUUUAAUGAUUUAUCGAUUACAUUAUUUAAUAAAAUAAAUAAUAAGUUAAUUUUUUGGUCAAAUGUUUAUAAAAAUUUGAUUGAUUAA